CUCGGUCGUAUCAAACUAGGCUGUAAUGUCAUUCUGUGAUAAAAUAGUCAUCUGUAAAGGAUGUUUCACAGACAAUACUGCUGCAGGGACAAUAAGUUUUUAUUUAACUGUAUUAAUUGAGGUUUCUUCGGACAACUUCACGUCGACAAAAACACGGAAAGGUAGCGCAUGCGCAUUUGUUAAUCCAUCCAGUCAGUGACGGCAAUAUGGCGGAAGAAAUAGAACAAGAAACUUUAAAAUUGAAAGGCCUUUCUUUGUCUGUGCUUGUGGAGGAGGCUUUAGAUGAUGUCCUAGUGGUUUACCUGGAACAUGGAAGCAAAAGAUUCCGAGGUGUUUUACUGGAUGCAGAUAAGAGAAAUAUACCCUACGGUAUUUGCAUGCCAAGUGUGCCCACAGUAGAGAAAACGUGUCCAGAACAAAACCCCUCCCACACUUUGUCCUUGGACACUGCUGUGUCAGAGAGUGCUGUGAAGCCUGAAUCAUCUGCAGUAACACUGAGACAUACUUUCAAUCAACACAAUGAAGAAAACACAAGCACUGAGUUGACUGCAGCAACUACAACACCAGUCAAACGUUUAUGGGACAAAAAUAUUCGAAAUAUGCGCCUGCGACCUCGACAGAUUUUGUGUGCCAAGUGCAAAGUGCCAUGUAGGGAAUACAAAAACAAAGACAGUCCUACAGAUCCGACAAAAACUUCAGCUGAAACUGCUAAAAGAAAACUUCCAUUAGAACCUCAGGUGCACUGCAAAAGGCUGAAAACUACACACUCACAGGAUCAAAAGAAAACUAGUCCCAUUAUCAAAAUUUCUUUCACUAGCCCAGAAGGCCAAGGGACUGUGGUGCAAAUUCCUGCAAAGCCACAAAAAGAAGGAAGUGUCUCAGAUGGAUCCCGUCUGGAUUAUGCCCACAAAAAAGCCAAGAAAGCUCUGAGAAAAGCCAAAGAAAAAGCCUGCCAGCAGGUAUCAGGCUUAACACACCAUUCUCAUCGGCACAAGAUGAAACAUAAACACAAACACAAAUCAAGAGAUAUGGAUGAAAAGACGGUGAAGGCACUUGUUCAAAGUAAUAUCCAUGUAAAAAGUGCAUCUGUACCAUUGAAAAGAACAAAUGAUACUGGUGUGGAAAGUGCAAAUAUUCCUAAUUGCAGUUAUGACAAUAGCAAGGCUGUGAGUCGCUUUGGGUUAAGGCAGAGAACAAAAACAAAGGUUUUUGAACCCAACAUCAAAAGCAGCAAAGCAACAAAUUCCUCAGUGAGAAAGAAAAAACAAAAUGUACCAGACAAUGUCUCAGACUCUACCUCUACAACCUCUGAUGCCACAGAUUUUGGUGACUUCCCAGGUGAAGAGAUUAAACAUUUGACUAGAUUGGAAACAGUCCGCCCAUUGAUGAUGCGAAUACAAACCAGAAAUGUUUACAGAAGUGUUAAUAAACUAGGCAAAGCCAUCUGUGUGGGGGAUGUGGUAUGGGGAAAAAUUCAAGGUUUUCCAUGGUGGCCAGGGAGAAUAUUAAGAAUAGCACUCAGUCAACGAGACAAUGGAAUGGUGAUCACAGAAACAGCCCAUAUAUCUUGGUUUGGGUCAAAAACCAUGUCCCACAUAAAGUGUUUAGAUCUGUAUCCCUUCUUAGAGGAUUUUGGAUUGAAAUUUGACAAGAAAAAGCGAGGGUCUUACAAAGUGGCUGUCAAGUUGGCUACUAUUGCAGCCCAGAAAUGUGGCAAUGAACAAAACCCUGUUGUAAUAGAUUAGAGAUACAGAUGAGUCUCAUUUCUUUAAUCAAAUGAAGUUGGGGGUGAAGGAAUCUUAACAAAUGACAUUUCUGGCAUCAAAAUAUGUAUUCUAUUUUGUACUAUGACAAAAAGUAUCGUUUUUGGUGUAGAAUGGUCUGUUGCAAUUAAAAACUGGUGGUUAAGGCCACUUUCUUAUCUCAGAUUAUAAUGGUGCUUAUUAUAAUGGGACAUUAUGAAAAAUGUGCUGCUCACUCUUAUUAAUUAAAAAUAUAAAACCAAAAAGGGGUUCAGUUUUUGCAAUAAGUGUAAUUAUGUGACACAGUUAAGUCUGCUGAAAUGGCAAAAGAAUAUCAGUAUUCAUUUCUUUCAUUUUAAAUGAGAUGUUUGUUAUUUGGAAUCUAAGGCAACGUGGGGGUAUGUAACUAAUAUCAGAUGGCAUUCCUACCAGUACUUCACUGAGAAUACUUACAUUGUGGUAUGCCAAUCUGCUAUUUAAGAAUACUCUUGAGGCAUGUAUUUUCUCUUUUCAUAGGACCUCAUUGGAUGAUCAUAUUGGUUUUCAAGUCUGUUUAUUAUAUGUAAUUAUUAUAGACAUAAUAUUGUAAGUGAUGUUAACAAUGUUCAGUUCUUGUUUAUAAUGUAUACAGUAUUUUGGGGCAGUCAGGCGUGGUACAUAUAUUUUUUUUCUUUUUUUAUUUUUUGGUAAAAAUACUGAACUACUUAUAAUGAUUUCCUCAUUUUAUCAGCCUUUUAUGUUAAGCGAUGAACAUCACAUAAGGGAUGAAGGUAUUGGAUACAAGUUAUGAAUCAGGCACUGACUGAACACAUUAAAGUACAAAGCAAAAUAAAUUAAAACUAUUUUCAUCCAUUAUUUUUAUGUGGCUACCUAGUCGAUAUGUCAAAAGACUUAGAAUGUUUAGUAUUACUUUGCUUUUACAAAAGUUAUAUAUUGUUUUCCGGGUACUUAUGCAUGGUUAAUUUGAUCAAAAUGAACUUAAUCUGCAUGAUCAUUGAUGACAUCAACUUGGAGACGAAGUUUACCAUCAAGUCUCUAACUCAUGGCUUAUAAACUUAAAAGAAAUAAAGAGCAUGUUUUUACACAUGCUUUUAUUGACAACUAGUAUAGAGAAGAUGCUGUUCCUUCACCACUCAUUAUUUAAUUUGUACUUGUCCGUUUAAAAAUAUUUUGUUAUUAAAAUUGUACUUAAAAAAAGUC